AUGCCUUUCAUGCAUGGAUCAAUGCCACUUCGGCGGACCUACUUUUAUUUGAAUCAGGGAACAAUAUUCUUUCGAGAUGUCGUGAAGGUUCUUGCAUUCGGUUUUCAUCGGAGACCAACACCUGAACAAAAAGGAGCUAGGGAUUUUAUCUUUUGGCAUUGGGCGCAAUUGCAGUUUCAAAAUCCAAAGGUUCAGUUGGUUAAAUAUGUUGAUUUCACUCCGAUACCAUUUGUUCAAGCUUUCCUUGAUGACGGACGUGAAGUAUUAUUUGAUUUGGAUGGAAAAAGUCGAGAAGAGAUUAUCGAAAUAUUAAAGGGAACACUUGGCAAAACAAAUUUAGUGCUAAGACGGGAAAAGUUUGAAAGAGUAAUCGAGAAAAAUCCGAGUUCAUUUGGUGAGGAUUGUUCAAGGCAAUGUAUUUGCACCGUGCAAGGUCAAUAUCCAUGUACUGGAUUACUCGCUGCACCCGAUUACUUGAAAGGAACUUGGCGAUGGCAUAAAAAUUGUCGUGAGUAG